CUUUUCUUAGCAAAAUAACCAACUCAUCCAAUUUGUCAAAAAAAAAUAUCGAAAGUAGGUUUCCAUUUUCAAAACCAUUAUUAAUUGCAAAAAGCACUAUCCCUUCAAAAUUCCUCAUCCCCCAACCAAUCCCCUUUCCCAAAUUGCUCCUCCCACUUGACUUAUUUUAAUUCCCAAAUUGGCCCCUCGAAUUACUUUUUAUCACAGAUGUGGAUAAGACAGUAGACCACUGAAACUGAUAUAAAAAGGAAAUGUAUCAUUAUGGACCAUUCAAGCAAGUUGCAGGUGCCCAUGGCGGUCUGCUUUGGACUCUUCUGAAAAUCUCCUCUUGCCUUUGAUUCCAUCUUACACUCCCUCUUGCCCGGUUCGGUUCCCCCACCCCGCCUCCCUCCCUCAUCUUUUUCCGGAGAAAAUGGUCAGCCCGCUGAAGGACGACCGGCGCGCCGGCGGGCCGGAGGAGGACUUCAUCAGAAGGCACCACAAGCACGACGUCGGAGAAAACCAGUGCAGCUCCUCUUUGGUCAAGCACAUCAAGGCUCCCUUGCCUCUCGUUUGGUCGUUGGUGAGGAGAUUCGAUGAACCGCAGAGGUACAAGCCGUUCGUGAGCAGGUGCAUAGUGGAGGGAGAUUUGCAGAUUGGGACUGUUCGAGAGGUGAAUGUGAAAUCGGGACUUCCUGCGACCACCAGCAAGGAGAGAUUGGAGCUGUUGGAUGAUGAGGAGCACAUUUUCAGCAUGCGGAUUGUCGGCGGGGAUCACCGCCUCAAGAACUACUCAUCGAUCAUCACAGUCCACCCAGAGAUCAUAGAUGGAAGACCAGGGACAAUGGUGAUCGAGUCCUUUGUGGUGGAUGUGCCCGAAGGUAAUACCAAGGACGAGACGUGUUACUUCGUGGAGGCUCUCAUCAAGUGCAACCUCAAGUCUUUGGCUGAUGUCUCGGAGCAUCUAGCUACGCAAGACCGAACAGAACCAAUCGAUAGAUUCUAAAUGAUUUGCUUAUGUUUCGAGACUUGCAGCUUUCUAAAAGCCCCCAAUCAAUCAAUCAAUCAAUCAGAAGAUUAUGCUUUUCGGUAUAGGUGUAUUGAGAGACGGGUAUUGUGCCGGUCCUCCUCGUCGGCCUUUUCAUGCAUCUUAAUCCUUUUUGCCCCAUUACGUGUUUUGUGUGUGUGUGUGUUUUUUUUUU